UGGAAAAGACGUCUGUGACUCUCAUUAACCCAUUUAAGCAGAGCUUGUACCAUCUAAAGGGGAAAAUGUUCCUGGCUGUUUUGUAUUGCAUUCUGUGGAGUUUCCAGAUCUCUGCUGGCCAUUUUCCUCGAGCCUGUGCCUCUUCUAAAAACUUGAUGGAAAAAGAAUGCUGCCCACCAUGGAUGGGUGAUGGGAGUCCCUGCGGCCAGCUUUCAGGCAGAGGUUCUUGUCAAGACAUCCUUCUGUCCGAUGCACCAUCUGGACCUCAAUUCCCCUUCAAAGGGGUGGAUGACCGUGAGUCCUGGCCCUCUGUGUUUUAUAAUAGGACCUGCCAGUGCUCUGGCAACUUCAUGGGAUUCAACUGCGGAAACUGUAAGUUUGGAUUUGUGGGACCAAAUUGUACAGAGAAGAGACUCUUAAUUAGAAGAAACAUCUAUGAUUUGAGUGCCUCAGAAAAGAAUAAGUUCUUUUCUUACCUCACUUUAGCAAAGCAUACUGUCAGCCCACUCUAUGUCAUCCCCACAGGCACCUAUGGUCAAAUGAACAAUGGGUCAACACCUAUGUUUAAUGACAUCAACAUCUAUGACCUCUUUGUCUGGAUGCAUUACUAUGUGUCAAGGGACACACUGCUCGGAGGGUCUGAAAUAUGGAGGGACAUUGAUUUUGCCCACGAAGCACCAGGGUUUCUGCCUUGGCACAGACUUUUCUUGCUAUUGUGUGAACAAGAAAUACAGGAGCUAACCGGGGAUGAGAACUUCACUAUUCCAUACUGGGACUGGAGGGAUGCAGAACACUGUGACAUUUGCACAGAUGAGUACUUGGGAGGUCACCACCCUGAAAACCCUAACCUUCUCAGCCCAGCAUCCUUCUUCUCCUCCUGGCAGAUCAUUUGUAGCAGAUCAGAAGAAUAUAAUAGCCGUCAGGUUUUAUGUGAUGGGACACCUGAGGGACCACUAUUGCGCAAUCCUGGAAACCAUGACAAAGCCAAAACCCCCAGGCUCCCGUCUUCAGCAGAUGUAGAAUUUUGUCUGAGUAUGACCCAGUAUGAAGCUGGACCAAUGGAUAGAACUGCCAACUUCAGCUUUAGAAACACAUUGGAAGGAUUUGCCAGUCCACUCACAGGGAUAGCUGAUCCUUCGCAGAGCAGCAUGCACAAUGCUUUGCAUAUCUACAUGAAUGGAACGAUGUCCCAAGUUCAGGGAUCGGCCAAUGAUCCCAUCUUUCUUCUUCACCAUGCCUUUGUGGACAGUAUUUUUGAACAAUGGCUCCGAAGACACCACCCUCUUCUAGAGAUUUACCCAGAAGCGAAUGCACCCAUCGGCCAUAACAGGGAGUCCUACAUGGUUCCUUUCAUACCGCUCUACAGAAAUGGUGAUUUUUUCAUUUCCUCCAAGGAUCUGGGCUAUGACUACAGCUACCUACAAGAGCCAGAGCUAGGCUUUUAUAGAAACUAUAUUGAGCCCUACUUGGAACAAGCCACUCGGAUCUGGCCGUGGCUCCUCGGGGCAGCACUGGUGGGAGCGAUUGUUGCCGCCCUUAUGGUCAAGCUCAGCAGUCAUCUGUGUCAGAAAAAGAAGCAGCCCCAGGAGGAAAGGCAGCCACUCCUCAUGGGCAAAGAUGACUACCACAGCUUGCUGUAUCAGAGCCAUCUAUAAGCAGACAUGGAAACAGAGAAGGAGCCGAAGAUCUGACCUCACUCUACCUGUUUCCAUUGUUUGUGCAAUUUUAAUCUCAUAAAAAACACAGACCUUAACUGUUUGUUUUACUGUUUUUGCUCAGACCCAUGAUUUUACCCAAGCCCUAGUUUCCAAAAAAA